AUGCUAAAGGCCAGCAGUCAAGCCACAAGAAGGCGCUGCGUGGUUCCAACCAGUCCUGUGCUUCCUUUAGCGUCUCUCUUUCACUGCCAUUCCCGAAUUCCUCGUCGCUAUGCUCGCAUUCCUCUUCUGAUAUCGCGACUCAGUUCAACUUCCCUAUCGAAUUCGAAGCUCGCCCUGUCCGGCGAGCUGACAUCGUUCCCCUUAGGAAGAUCAGAUUUCGGAGAGAUCCGCCAGCUCCCUGGAACAGCGUACUUUGACAAGACGGAAUAUAUCCCUGUGCUUGCGGGGGGGCCGGCUGUUCAGCUUGUUUGCCGCCCCAGGCGAUUUGGAAAGUCGCUCACGAUCUCUAUGCUGCGAUACUUUCACGGAUUCCAGUUCCGCGGUAAAUAUCAUGAGCUUUUCCAGGUGUGUGGUGGGAUCCUCCGUGCCAUAUUUGCCCACAUCUCUAAUACUAAAGAGGAUCUCGACGUGGACAAAGCUGUCCAAAAUCGCACAGUUGCGCCUGGAAAAUAUUUUAUCCUGACAUUCAACUUCUCCCGCGCCGCACGUUCCGGCCCAAGUGUCGGGCCCCUGACGCGAGAAAUGAACCGCGGGUUAUCACAAUUCAAACUCGACUACGCUGCACUUCUCGGCAAUCCAUUCACGUCGGAAAUCUCUCAUUUUGAUAAGAAUGACCCAGCCGGAAACCUCACAGACCUUGUUGAUGCUGUGGCUCGGACGCUUGGCGGUAUUCAUGACAAGGGUGAUAAGGGCCGUGCUCUAUGGGAUGUGCAAGGGAUCUAUUUGGUGGCGGAUGAAUAUGACGCUUACUCCAACGAAUAUAUGGAUCCCCAUGAUCCGAAAACGUGGUCUGAGACCGAGUCCUUUUAUCUUCUAAAGGCAUUCUGGUCCAAUGUUAAAGCUGCUCGGUCGCUUUAUGGUAUUCGAAAAACGUAUAUCACUGGAGUCACACCCCUUCUUUUGAGCGGCCUCACUAGCGGCGCCAACGACCUAGAAAACACCUCUUUUAUUCCAGAACUGUCAACUAUUUGCGGAUUAACUCGAUCCGACGUGCUAAACGCGUUAAGAGUCAUCUGUCAUAAUAAGGAAGACAUACAAAGGCAUUUCAGGGAAUUAGAACGCUAG